UUCAGUUUCUUUCUGCUGCAGUCGCAGAUACACGCGAAGGCAGUCCCGCAUACGAGCACACACAUACAUGCACAUUAUAGCUGAAUUUACAUUUUUUUUGGAAGGCAGAGGAGUGCCGCUGUGUGGGAGUCUCAUUUGCGCUGGUCUAAGCGGAAUUUACUAGACGUUUGUGGAGUUUUGGCGGUGUUUUAUCGAGUUUAAUCUCCUGAGGUAAUCUGGGAUUCGCGAGGCGGGAAUGAGAGAGAUGCGCUCGUGCGCUGAACGGACUUUCACUCUGUGAGGAGCAAACAGGUGUAAAAUAAAGCAGGGAAAUACAAUAGAGAUGAGUGGAGAGUCGAGACAGGGGGUGGUGACGAGCCCUCCCCCUUCAAGUGUGGGACAGAAAGAGUGCUACUUCGACCGUAUCGACGAGAACGACCCUGAAUACCUGCGGGCACGCAACAUGUCGCCAGACCUGCGACAGGACUUUAAUAUGAUGGAGCAGAAGAAAAGAGUCACACACAUACUACAGAGUCCUGCAUUUAGAGAUGAGCUGGAGGGACUGAUCCAGGAACAGAUGAACAAGGGGAAUGACCCAACGGGACUGCUCGCCCUACGCCAGAUCGCAGACUUCUUCAUGACCAGCUCCGUGGCCGGUUUUUCCACCUCUCCCCUUAGUUUGGGCAUGGUGACUCCAAUAAAUGACAUGUUUGGCGUGGAGACCAAUAGUAUGGUGAAAGGGGAGAAACAGAUUCGCUGCAAACUGGCCAGCCUCUACAGAUUAGUCGACCUGUUUAGUUGGGCCCACUUCACGAACUGUUACGUAACGGUUCGUGUCAGUAAGGAGCAGGAUCAUAUCCUCAUCAUUCCCAGAGGACUGUCCUUUGCCGAGGCCUCCGCAGCCAAUCUGGUAAAGGUGAAUAUACUUGGUGACGUGGUGGAACAGGGCUCUACCAACCUGCAGAUUCACCCGUCUGGCUUCAGCCCUCAUGCUGCCAUCUACUCCAUAAGACCUGACGUGCGCUGCAUCGUUCACAUACGCACACCGGCCACUGCUGCUGUGUCAUCUAUGAAGUGCGGCCUUCUUCCCAUCUCCCAGGAGGCUCUCAUCCUGGGUGACAUCGCCUACUACAACUAUCAGGGCAGCCUGGAUGAACACGAAGAGCGCAUGGAGCUCCAGAAAGCUCUUGGACCAUCAGCCAAGGUGUUGGUGUUAAGGAACCAUGGAGUUGUUGCUCUCGGGGAGACCAUUGAAGAGGCCUUUCACUAUAUAUACAAUGCUCAAUAUGCAUGUGAAGUUCAGGUGAAUGCGUUCUCAUGUGCAGGUGGAGUGGAGAACCUAAUCAUGCUGGAUCUGGAAAAGUUCAAACCCCGUACGCAGGGGGUGGCGCAGGCGGGGGUCAACAUGGGCUCUCAGACUAAGUGGAAACUGGGAGAGCUGGAGUUCGAGUCACUGAUGAGAAUGCUGGACAACCUGGGUUAUAGAACAGGCUACACAUACCGACACCCCAUUGUCCGGGAGAAACCGCGACACAAGAGCGAAGUGGAGAUCCCUGCGACGGUAACCGCGUUCAUGUUCGACGAUGACGACACUCCCCGUCUCCCUCUGAGAUUAAUGCAACAGCGACAGCAGAGAGAGAAAACACGCUGGCUCAAUUCACCCAAUUGCUAUAUGAAAGUGAACGUGGCGGAGGGAGACCGUGAAGAGUACGGACGUACAAAGACCAUGUGGAUGAAGUCAGAAGAAGGAAACAACGCAAGUGGGACUCCGAUCCGCAUUGAAGAUCCCAACCAGUUUGUCCCUCUGAACACAAACCCCACAGAAGUCCUGGAGAAGAGAAACAAGAUUCGUGAGCAGAACCGUUUUGACAUGAUGACAGCAGGCCCACAGUCACAGCGACUGGCAGGAAUUGUAGUGGAUAGACCACCGCCGUACACGGGCAAUGAUGAGGAACAGACCGGCCCUCUCCCUCCAAACCCCUUCACCGAGCUUAGCGAGAAAGCCCUGGAUGAAUACCGUAAGCAAGUGGAUGGGCAUGACCUCGGCCUUGACGAUGAUGAACAGCUCACUUCAGACGACGCUUCCACGCUGUCUCAAUCCGUCUCCCAAACUCAGUCUCUACAAAACACUCCGGCCAAAGAAGAGAACCACACAGGCGUGCUGCUAAACGGCAAAGACGGCCACGGCGAAGAUGAGGAGCUCCUAAAGCGCGUGAGCGAGCUGACCACCAGCGUGGAAAGCGUCGAGAUUACCGUACGCCCCGGGGAGAAGAUCAAAGAGGCUCUGACGCCCGAGAGCUCGCCGUCCAAAUCUCCCAACAAGAAGAAGAAAAAGUUCAGAACCCCGUCCUUCCUGAAGAAGAACAAAAAGAAAGAGAAGGUCGAAGCCUAGAUGAGAGUGUCCACACCCACCUUGUGUGUCUGUUUUUAAGUUUUUCAUUUCUUAACUGUUUCGUUUAAAAAAAAAAAUGGGAUCGAUUGGGAGGUGAAUAGAUGGAAUUACGUCCGUGCCAUGUCACGAAAUGGAUUUUAUAUGCGAAAAGCAGCAAACAAAAACUCCUGGGAAACUGGCUCCUGACGAAAAAACACGCAGCUGUACAUGGACACAGGUUGCUGACAUUAAUCUCGUUGAUAAGCCCGUACUGCAUUGUUUCAUAUUGUAUGUUUAUGAGAUUGGCACACCCCUGUUAUUUUGCCACCACAUCAUCUCUUGUGUUUGUUUGAAUUGCGUUGUAGCUGUAAGUGGACGGUCGGUGUCACACUACACGGGAGACGCUAAGGAAUCACACUGGAAACUGGGAUUAUUUCAACAGGGUUUUUUAGUUUAUUAUUAUAGAAAUGGGUGCGAAAUUUAGUAGUCGAGAUUAGCAGCCGCGACCCGUACGUGUGAUAAUCCUGUGUAGAGCCACUUCAUUACUGUUAUUUGCCAAACAAAAAAGCAAAAAAAGCAAUCACGUUUUAGUGAACUGUAAUCUCGUCUUGCAUUUUGAUUCGCUUUAAACAUCCAUUUUUUAUUUCAAAAUGAAUUUUCAUUUUUAUCCAUUCAGUUUUAUACUCACUUCUAUAUUUUAACAAAGAAGAAGAGAUCAAAUCUUAAAGCAUGUUUUGCUAGCGUCUGAAUUUCUAUAAUAUAGCGGUGCCUGAAUCGUGUAGUAGCUCAAAUUACUAAACACACAUGUAACGAAAAAUAUAUGAAAACUGGAGUGAUGUUAAUUAUAUAUGAAUAUAAAUAUAUCAUAUUUUUGUGCUGCACCUUUUUUGUGGUAUAUAAUUAUAUAUAUAAAAAACGAAACGAAUCUGUGGAUGAUUUCAGCGCUGAAGGAGAUUUAAAAGAAGGACAAUGGAGGCUAUGAAAUAUGGAAAUACAUUGGAGAAAUGUUUUAGCAUAUUAAAAAGUUUGGAGAAGGGAAAUGUGUUAACGUAUAAGGAAAAUAUAUAUAUAUAUAUAUAUAUAUUUCUAAACUGUAUUUUUGAAAAAAAAAUGUCGUUGGGUCCUAAAGCAAGUCAAGUGCAGGUCUAAUGGCUCUUCAUUGCAGGUUUUAUGGAUGAAAAUCAAAUCAAUGGCUAAACUUCUUCACGAAGGAUUAUUCUAGGCUGUUCUGGAGGACGUUACCAUUUUGAGUCACUCAUAAGUCACCCAUCAGGCCUGAAUAGCUUGCCAGGAUGUUGGUGUUACUAUGGUUACCUAAAAAUGGCAUUUUAUAUCCGAAACUGGAUUUAGUUUUUAUCAUCUUUCAGUCAGAUGAUGAUGUCAUGAGGUCACUGGUCAUUAGUUUCGCCCUACACUUUCAGAAAAAGGUACGGGAGCCGUACGUAGGUGUAAUUGGUACAUAUUAGGACCUUUAUUUUUAAAGGUAACGUGUUUUGUACCUUUCUGAUGGUGUGGUGUGAAUUUAAAGAUUAGCAGAUUGACCUCAGUUUCAACUCCUGAAUGUGGUGAUCGUAUAUCCCAAGGGGGGCAGAUGGCACCACGGAGCGUGAUGUAUCCCAGUGGGCAAUGUGAAGUAUUGGCUUGGGCAUAAAGAGAAAGAGAGAUGCUUUUAAGCUGUGGUAAUAGCAUGUGGUUUUGAACACGGGCCAGGAAUGGAUUAAACCCAUUUAAAGCUGGACCGGGCGCGAGUUUAGGAAGAGAUAACUGGGGCGGGUGGGGAGAUUGUUUUUAUUGCUUUCAAUUUAAUUGCCAUUUUCUUUUCAGUUCCUGGCUUUAUUUCAUUUCACCCUAUAGCUUAGUAAUGCUAUCCUUUAAGCAUUAACCGUUCUCAGCCUAAGUAAUGUGCAUCACAUUCUUAUGUUCCUUAAUAUCCAAAUCGGACCGUUUUGCACCUUGUUUUACUAACGCCUUUUUGUUGUAGUGGCUGGUUCAGAAGGCCUGUUGCUUUGGCAUGCAAGUUUGAGCCAAACCUUUUUUUUUGACCUGUGAAAUCGUAUAUAUGAAUGGUAAUCUAACGGACUUGCUUUUAGAUGUAUUGCUAAUCGAUGUAAAUUCACAAAUAAACUAUUUUAAGAUGCAAA